GUUUUCGGCCUGUUUGUUGAUUGUUUCCCGAAACACUCGCAGUCCCCGUAUUCCUGAAUCGCCCGAUUUCGCCUUUUGCCCUCUCUGCCUAGCACGGAGGCUGAGCAUUUUGGAAAUGGGUGUUCAAGAUUCUUGAUUUUUUUCUGGGGAAUUUCGGGUGCGCACUGGAAAAUCCAAAUAUUUGAAGGAAAUUUGUCAGUUUUAUAGCUGUGAUGAGUAUGAGAUUUUUGAGUCUUGUGGGCAAUUCUUUUGGAUGUUCCGCCUCUGGAGAACGGCUGGUUACUGCGGCAAGAGAUGGGGAUAUUCAGGAAGCCAAGGCUUUGUUAGACUAUAAUCCUCGUUUGGCAAGGUAUUCAACCUUCGGUGUUCGCAAUUCGCCCCUUCACUAUUCUGCUGCCCAAGGUCACCAUGAGAUUGUUACUCUCUUGCUCAAGUCUGGAGUUGACAUCAACCUCAGGAACUACCGUGGGCAGACAGCUUUGAUGCAAGCUUGUCAAUAUGGUCACUGGGAGGUUGUUCAGACUCUAAUUCUUUAUAAAGCCAAUAUCCACAGGGCUGACUAUCUCAAUGGAGGUACAGCACUCCAUUUAGCUGCUCUAAAUGGACAUUCUCGUUGUGUACGGCUUUUACUUGCUGAUUAUGUUCCAAGUACCCCUAACUUUUAUCACGUUAUGAAAAAAAGAUCAAGAAAUAAAGAUUUUACAUCAGAACUUGAUGAAGGUGCACUUUAUGAGGUGAUCAACAGACCAGCUGACGGAGGCAUCACUGCUCUUCAUAUGGCUACUUUGAAUGGGCAUGCUGAAACUGUGCAGUUACUGCUGGAUUUGGGGGCCUCUGUUAGUGAGGUUACUGUGGAAGAUGGCUCUACAAUUGAUUUAAUAGGUGCAGGAAGCACGCCACUUCACUAUGCUGCUUGUGGUGGAAAUGCCCAGUGUUGUCAGCUCUUGAUUGCCAGGGGUGCCACUCUCACUGCCAGAAAUGCUAAUGGAUGGACCCCUUUGAUGGUUGCUCAGUCAUGGCACAGAGAUUGGCUACAUGAGAUUCUAAGCUCUCAACCAGAAAAUCCACCGCAGCCACUUCCUUCUCCAUAUUUAUGUCUACCUCUAAUGAACAUUGUUAAUAUUGCUAGAGAAUGUGGAUGGACAACAAACAAUCCACCUCUCGCAAUAGACCCUUGUGUUGUUUGUUUGGAAAGAAAGUGCACAGUUGCUGCAGAAGGUUGUUUUCAUGAGUUCUGCACACAAUGUGCUUUGUAUUUAUGCUCCACGAGUACUACCUCAACUACAGGUCAUGGCCCUCCAGGCGCAAUUCCCUGCCCAUUAUGCCGGCAUGGUAUCGUUUCAUUUGUUAAGCUGGCAGAUACAAAGCCAGCUGCCAAGGAAACUGCUAGAACAAAUAUGUCAUUGCCGUUUUGCAGCUGCUCAGCUGAUGGUCAAGAACUUGAUCCAAUAGACAUUGCAUUUUCCAAGCCCGAUUUUUAUUGUGCCCGGGUUUCUCCCAGUUCGUCCUUUCGCUCAUCAAGCUUCCAAAAGUUUCCACUGGCUAAAUUCACCCCCGGACUGUGUAUGGGAGUUCAAGAAACUAGUCCAUCUUUAGUCUCGAGCAAUGAUCGAAGAAGCGUGGAUAACAAUUUGACUAGGUGUUCAAGAUCCAGCUUUCGCCGUUCAAAUACUGAACGAAGGCGCUGGUUAUGCUCAUUUAGCCAAUCCGUUGAAACUGGAAACAGCAGAUGCUGAAAAUAUUUGGCAUUUAGGUUUGUGUGUUUUCCAGUACUCGCCCCACCGGUAUUAUUAACUUUUUCAAUUAUAUUUAGCGUCCAUAAAUUCAUACACCUUACUGUCUGCAUAAUAUAAAUUCAACUGCUUUGUGGAUACCAGAUGUAAAUGAGGGCUUCUGUAAAGUAACAAGAAAAACAUGUGGGCUGGAUUGUGUAUUAAAAAUUUUCAGUCAUUUAUCUCUUUGUAAGAGAUUUUUUUUUUUUUAAUCUUUAGUUUUGGGGGUUCUUCACCUCCAUGAUAUGUACAAGUAAAUAACAUACAGUGGGAAACUUAUUGGUUUCUUAUUUUGAAAGCCAUUUGUUUGCAUAA